AUCAAUCAACUCCUAAGAGAAGAUAGAAUUGGCAUACUGUGCCUACAAGAGACACACCUAAACGACUCUGACGUCCAGAACAUAGAAAAUAUCUACGGAAGGAGGAUCACGAUACAUAACUCAAGUUCAACCUCUGCAACGUCCUCCCAAGGUGUUGCAACAAUACUAAACCGCGAACUAGUAGACACCGCGGGUACUCAGUUCACGGAGAUCAUUCCCGGGAGAGCAACGCUACUCAGGACUCACUGGCACGCAAACAAACACCUCACGAUAAUGAAUGUCUAUGCGCCCAACCCCCCGCAAGACAACGCCGCUUUCUGGCAACAAUUGCUGCAGAUGGUGGAAAAUGGAAAGCUCUGCAAACCCGACCUCUUGGUCGGAGAUUUCAAUAUCGUAGAAGAAGCAAUUGACAGAAUCCCUGCGAAGGAAGACUCACCCACGGCAGUACAAAACCUAAGAUCCUUACUACGUUGUCUCAACCUAUUUGACGGAUGGAGACUAUCCGAACCCUCAAAAAAGGACUUCACCUUCCCACAGAGGGGUAGCGCAUCGAGAUCAAGACUUGACAGAAUAUAUGCGACAAACGAACUAAUCAUGUCUUCACAAGAAUGGUCCAUUAAGACGACGGGAGUACAAACUGAUCACAGGCUGAUCUGUGCACACCUAAGCACCCGAUCAGCGCCCUAUAUCGGACGAGGCAGAUGGAACCUCCCCUCACAUCUCCUAGAUGACGAUGAGUUUAAGAAAUCAGCUGCUGAACUCGGCACAGCAACAAUCAAACUGAUGAAAUCCACCACGCACCUAGAUGGCAAUGACUUCCCCAGCCCAAUCCAAAUUCUGCACUCGCGUUUUAAAAACGACCUUAGGGAGCUAGCGAAACGGGUCCAAAAGGAACGGUCUCCUAAGAUAAGGUCUGAGAUUAACCGCCUAUCUAUGCACCUA